AUGUCGUCAACAUCGGCUGCUGCAGCUUCUUCUUCAUCCUCAACGGCGUCGUCUCAAUUCACCUACACUACCGGCACGUACUUUCCGACUCCGUUUCACCUACAACAGCCGCAAACCUAUGUGGCUGCUGCCCCUGCCGCUUCAAUUCUGCAAUUUCCUGCUCUUCCUCCUGCGGUUCCCCACGUUUAUCCUGCUCCCGCUACAGUCCCUACCGUGUCUCGUAAGGCAGCAGGGCAGGCAUGGGAGGAUCCUACACUUGCAGAUUGGCCAGAGAAUGAUUCUCGUUUGUUCUGUGGUGAUCUUGGUAAUGAGGUGAAUGAUGAUGUUCUAUCCAAAGCAUUUUCAAGAUUUCCAUCUUUUAACAUGGCCAGGGCACCAGUUAGUGAUUGGGAGUACAAUGCUACGCUCCCCAAAACUGCUUCAAUGAUUGAUUUGGCUUCAAAAAUAAUGAUGACUUGUUUAGCACUGACUUAAGUGAGGACCAGCUGAGGCAGAGACUUGGACACAUGUCCCACACACCUUGUCAAGAUUGGCACUAACCUCUACUAAAGCAUAGCCGGACUGCUCCACCUAGAGAUGGCUGAAGGAAGUGGAAAUGAGGAGACAACUCUUGAGCAUACAUCAACAUGGGCAGUGGUAGUUGUUUGUUUCAUCUUGAUGAGCCCAAACAAUGUACUAUAUAUAUACUAUACCUCUCGCGGAUCGUUGCUAAUAUUGUACAAUUACGUUACCUGACUUUUAGCAUUUCUUUCAACUUGUUAGGGAUGAGAGUCUUUUUGUUUGUGCACAAGAAAUUCUUUCAAGUUAUUGUAAAUGAGAAUCUUUCGGUACUUUAUUGGGAUUUUAGUA